UCUAGUUGAAACAAACAAGGAGGGAAAAGGGGGAACAAUCAAACUAGCUAAGAUUUUGAGUGAGUGUGUUUAAGACUGCUGGAAGUGUAAAACUCCAUUUCUUCUUCUGCUGUUUUCUAUGUGAUUUUAUUCUGUAAACAAGAACAAGAAAAUUAUUGAAGAAUUAAGCUAUGGGUAUUCCUUAUGAUGAUGUAGUCAUCAUUAAAAAAUCAGAAAAACUAGGUGACCCAACUAUGAUUACUGUAAAUUGUCCUGAUAAAACAGGGUUAGGAUGUGAUCUUUGCCGUAUAAUACUCUUCUUUGGUCUCAACAUUGUCAAAGGAGAUUUUUCAACAGAUGGGAAAUGGUGUUACAUAGUGUUUUGGGUAGUGGAGAAAUCAAGAAGGACUAGAUGGAAUUCAUUGAAGAAGACACUUCAGCACCUGCAACAGCGAUUAUUAGGUGCAUGUCCUUCUUGUUAUUCAACUUCAGGGAUUUACUAUUACAAGAAUGAAUUGCAGCAACCAAAACCUCCACAAGUUUUCUUGUUAAAGUUCUGCUGCACUGACAGAAGAGGACUCUUGCAUGAUGUGACUGAAGUGUUAUGUGAAGUUGAACUUAUAAUAUGGAGCGUAAAGGUAUCUACCACACCAGACGACAAAGUAAUGGAUCUGUUCUUCAUAACAGACACAAGGGAACUACUGCAGACAAAACUGAGACAAGAGGAUGUGUAUGAUCAUUUAAGAUAUGUCUUAGGUGAUGCAUUGAUAAGCUGUGAGAUAGAAUUGAGUGGUUUUGAAGUUCUCACUUGCUCACAGGGGUCUAUUCUGCCUCCUGCCAUCACAGAAGAGAUGUUUGGCUUGGAGCAAAGCAAUCACCCACCAAGUAAAUAUCCUACGUCGAACAAGGUAUCUGUCACGGUGGACAAUUCUCUCAGUCCUGCUCAUACUCUCAUCCAAGUAUUAUGCAUAGAUCACAAAGGCCUUCUCUAUGAUAUGAUGCGAACACUUAAAGAUUAUAAUAUGAAGAUUUCUUACGGGCGAUUCUCGAUAAAGCAUGAACAAAAUUGUGAGCUGGACUUGUUUGUAGUUCAAGCCGACGGGAAGAAGAUUGUAGACCUAAACAAGCAGAACGCUUUGUGCUCUCGCCUGCGAAUGGAGCUAUUGCACCCGCUUCAGGUAGCUGUUGUCAGCAGGGGUCCUGACACAGAGCUUCUCGUUGUCAAUCUUGUGGAAUUAUCUGGAUCGGGUCGGCCUCUUGUUUUUUAUGAUAUUACCCUUGCUCUGAAGAUGCUCAAGAUAUGCAUUUUCUCGGCUGACAUUGGGAGGCACAUGAUUGGUGACAAGGAGUGUGAAGUUUACAGAAUCCUUCUUGAUGAAGGGAAUGGUUUCUCCAUGUCAUGGAAAAAGAUUGAAUGCGAAGUCAGAAAGAUGUUGAUGGGUUGGGAAUGAUAAGAAUGCUCGACUGCAAUCGUCUGAAUCCAUUGUAUAAAUCAUUUUCUAUUUUGGUUACCUCCCAACCUAGAAGUAGUUAACAAUAUGCAGGUCUAAAAAUGAAGUAUAUAUACGAUGUGGAUAUUUUGUGAGAAGAUAGGGUGGAUAAGUAGCAUUCCCCUAGGAAACUAAAAGAGUAAUAGUUAGCCGCAUCUGAAGUUCUUUACCUCUAUAGUGUAAAAUAGAAUGUAGGAAGACUGAAGUCUCCGUUUGUACAAGUGUUCCUUUUAUGCACUCCCUUGCAUAUGGAAUCAGAUGUAAUCCAGAGAUCGUACAUCUCUAUAAUAUGCUUCUUAUACUCUAAAUGGCGUAGAUAUCUGGUUGUAAUCUCCUGGAUUAU